AGUCAUUAUCGUUGUCUUGCACCCGCCUGCUGCAGUGGUACACAUAGAUUCAUUUUCUCUUAUUGCAACUCGGUGUUUUUUUUUUUCCAACUAUUGUUAUUAUUCUUGUUUCAUGUCCUCGGGGCAACCAUCGGAUGGUGUGUCGUCUCGUCUGUGACACCCUCAUCCCCCCCCCCCAUUCUUUCCUACUUACUCGUCACAUAGACUUCACUGCGCACACAAGAAAUGUCUGUCCUUCACUUUUCCACCGAUAGUCAAGGCGACGUGCCAGCCCACUCUCCAUCGCAGCAACAGCCGCGCAGUGAGCUGUGGGCCGACAAGUAUAAGCCGCGCUCCAUCGCAGAAAUGUGCUACCCCGUCUGCGCAAACAAACUCAAAGCCUGGCUAGAGAACUUCACCGCAGUCGGCAGCCCAGGCGAUGACCCAAAGAAGCCACACGGCGUGCUGCUGUCCGGGUCACCUGGGGUCGGCAAGACGACCACCGUCUACGUCGUCGCUCGCGAGCUUGGCCGGACCGUCGUGGAGUACAAUGCCAGCGACUUCCGCAGCCGCAAGUCACUCCGCGAGAACGUAUCGGACCUAACCGGCAACCGCGCCUUCUCCGCGCAGGCCACGUCGUACACGAACGUGGUGCUGCUGAUGGACGAGGUGGACGGCUGCGACAUUGGCGGCGUCGGGGAGGUGAUCGAGAUGCUCAAGACGACCCGCAUUCCCAUUAUCUGCACCUGCAACGAUCGCUGGCAUCCAAAGCUGCGAUCGCUGCUGAACUACGUGGAGGACAUGCGCUUCAGUCACCCCCCGUGCAACAUCGUGGCGAACUACCUCUGCGACCGCGUCCUCGCCCGCGAGGGCAUCUCGCUUUCCAAACCGCUGCUGCAGGACAUCAUCAAGAAAUCGGGCAGCGAUAUACGCAAUAUGCUGAACAACCUGCAGCUGUGGUGUCUUAAUCGAACGUCGCUGGAGCAGCGGCAGCUGGCGGAGUGCGCCGCGCAGGCCACCAAAGACGGCGACGCCGGACUCUUCGACUCCGCCGAGUACUUCCUGCUACAAGGCACGUCGCGCGGGGAGCGACACAGCAUUGCGGAGAUGCAAUCCUGCUACUACAACUCCGACCUCAUCGACCUGUUCGUGCAGGAGAACUAUCUGCACUUUAACCCGGCGCCGGUGGACGGCCGAGAUUGGAUGGGUGCCGUCGCGCAGGCCGCCAGCGCCAUCUCCCGUGCCGAUGCGGCGCAACGCAUUAUGUACUACGAGCAGAACUGGUCCGUCUCACGCUUUCACGUGCUGUCGUCGAGCAUCGCGCCGUGCGUGUAUACACGCGGCAAGUACGAGACCUUCCUCACGGGUCAGCAGAAGUUCUUCGACCUGCAACGACCAGUGAAGUUUCCGCAGCUGCUCGGCCACAACUCCACGGCGGGCAAGAACCGUCGACUGGCGCAGUGCGUAGCGAUGCAGGCCUCCCACCCCACCCACGGCAUCUCCGGCAACCAAGAGGACGUCGUUGCGGAUUACAUGCCACACGGCUGGGAGCGCCCGUUAGCCGCCCCGCUGGCCGAGAACGAAAAGGAAGGCAUCGCCGCGGUGAUUGCCUUCAUGGAUCAGUACAAUUUAAUGCGCGAUGACUGGGACGUGGUGCAGACGCUAACGCACUUUAAGCGCAUGGAGACGCCGAGCGCGGUGCCGCCGGUGAACAUCGCCACGGCGGUGAAGGCGGCCUUCACGCGGGAGUUUAAUCGAACCCACCGCUUUGACAGCUUCGCGAAGAGCACGCUGAAGCGCACGGACAAAGGCGACGCCGCCAACGCAGGCGGGGAGGAGAACGGCGAUGCGGAGGAAGGGAGCCAAAAUGAUGCGGGCAGCGGGAAGGCGAAGCGUGGAAAGGUCAUCGCGGACGGCGUCACGGCCGUCACCAUGACGGGUGUUGGCGCGGCAAAGCCGAAGGCGGCGGCGCGCAAACCCCGAGCGAAAAAAAGUGCCGCCGCAGCAGCAGCGAAUGGCAGCAACGGCGGUGAUGCAGACGCGAAGCCCGCGAGGAAGAAGGCGGCGGCCACAUCUGCGCGUAAGCCGGCGAAGGCGGCGGCGGCGAAAAAGAAGAAGCGCGGACGUGUCUCUUCUUCAUCGGAGAGCGAGACAGAGAUCUCCUCGGGCAGCAGCAGCAGCAGCAGUGAAUCUUCGGACAGUGAUUGA